CAUAGAUUAUAGAUAAAUUUUAAUAGCUGAUGCAAACAACCUGUAGAGAAAGUGGAUUCAUUGGGAUUUGAGAGAUCCAGCAAGCGCGAGUACGAGAGUACAAAAUGGGUCUUUCAAGUUGGUUUCAGGAUCUUGGUGUUCCGUGGAAAAUAUCCAUUGGAAUUCUUAGUGGCGUUGCAGUGGUGACAAGCGCUUACGGAGUGUACACACUGUACAACAAUCAUAAGUCAAUCGAUGAAAAGAAGAAAUCUGACGAUAGUGAGACAGCUGGGGAAGCAGCAGAGAAAAAGGUUCUAGUACUGGGACUGGAAAACUCUGGGAAGAGCACAUUUCUGGCCGCUUUGGCUCAGCACGACAGCCCCGUAACAUCUGAGCGCGAAGAUAGCCAGCCAACCCAAGGUUUUCAUGUUGUUUGUGUAUCAACCAGAGGCGUUAGCCUAAAUGUUUGGGAAAUUGGUGGAACGUUUCAAUCCUACUGGCCAAACUUCCUCUCUGAUGUCAGUGUCCUUGUGUAUGUCAUUGACAGUAGUGCUCCUGAAAAGUUUGCAGAGUCUAAAGAUGCCUUGUUGGCAGUUCUUUCAAGGGAGAGUAUUAAGGGAGUCCCCUUGAUAAUACUUGCCUGUAAACAAGAUGCCAAAGGGGCAAAGCCAACACAGGAAGUAGAAUCAUUCUUUGGGCUUCAGGAACUAUCUGCCAGUCGUGAAACUGGAAUUGUUGGUGUUGAGGUCUUGGCCAGUGGAGAAGUCCAUGGAUUGGAAGAGGCCAAAGAACUCAUUUUAAAGUUUUGUGCAGAAUAGCUGGUUUUCCUCCUUGAGGUCCUUUGCUGCAAAGGCCUUCAUGAAGAAUACGGUUUAGUCAUUUUCUAUUUAUGUCAACAUAGGUAGCUAUGUCCAACCACAUGUUGUGUAAAUAAACUAUACCUGUGAAAUAUUUA